GCCGACGGGCUUCAACCAGACUAGAAGUGACCUCAAUCAAAGCUUCAAUUGCAUGUAUUUGAGGAUCAAAAUGGUUGUAAGACUACUGCAAACAUAUUUCUGUGUGGAAGUGCUAUAAGAAGAAACAGUUAUGUCGACGUUAGAGUUGUACACAAAGGGUGCUCGUGUGUGGAUUCCACACAAGGACAUCGUAUGGAUAGGAGGAGAGCUUACAAAAGACAUAGAAGAUAAAAUUUUAGAGAUUUUACUCGAAGAUGGCAGGGAAAUUAUCAUAGAUACAAGAAAAAGCAAGCUUCCGCCAUUGAGGAAUCCUGAAAUCCUUGUAGGCGAGAACGAUCUAACAACUUUGAGUUARCUGAACGAGCCUGCAGUCCUCUAUAACCUUUCUGUUCGGUUUAUGCAGUCCAAUCUUAUUUAUACAUAUUGUGGUAUUGUUCUUGUUGCUAUAAAUCCAUAUACRGAACUUCCCCURUAUGGACCUGAUAUCAUUGCUGCYUACAGAGGGCAGUCUAUGGGAGACAUGGACCCUCACGUUUURGCUGUCGCUGAAGAUGCAUAUCGCUGCAUGUCGAGAGAAGAGAAAAAUCAAUCUAUAAUAGUAAGUGGAGAGAGUGGAGCUGGGAAAACAGUCAGUGCCAAGUACACAAUGCGUUACUUUGCKGCAGUUGGUGGCGCCUCUGCUGAGACUCAAAUUGAGAAGAAAGUGCUUGCAUCUAAUCCAAUUAUGGAGGCUAUUGGAAAUGCCAAGACAAUCAGAAACGAUAACAGUAGUCGGUUUGGAAAGUACCUGGAAAUCUCAUUUGACAGACACCAUCAUAUUAUUGGUGCCCACAUGAGGACAUACUUACUGGAAAAAUCACGUGUGGUAUUCCAGGCACCAGAGGAAAGAAACUAUCAUAUUUUUUACCAGCUCUGCGCWUCAUGUGACCUUCCAGAGAUGAGAGACUUAAGACUUGGUCAUCCUGAUGACUUCAGUUAUCUAAACCAAGGAGAUAACCCCGUAAUCCCCAAUGUUGAUGAUGCUGACUGUCUAGAUGAAACUAGAGAAGCCAUGGACAUGGUUGGCAUCCAUCAAGAUGACCAGCUUAUGCUCUUUAGAAUUCUAGCUGCAAUCCUGCAUUUAGGAAAUAUUGAAAUCUUUGAGUUUGGAGAAGAUGACGAAUGCGCAAUUGAGGCUGAAGAUUUCCAUCUUGCYAUGACUGCAGAGCUACUGGGAAUUGACAGAAACCAACUAAGAAAAUGGUUAUGUAAUAGAAAAAUUGUCACUGUUGGRGAGGUCCUCAUCAAGCCAUUGACUGUCUCAGAGGCAAAUUAUGGACGAGAGGCCAUUAGCAAACAUAUCUAUUCACAGCUCUUCAAYUGGGUUGUCAUGACAAUCAACAAGACCCUAGCAAGUUCUUCUAAAGCACAUUCAUUUAUUGGUGUUUUGGAUAUUUAUGGGUUUGAAACAUUUGAGACCAARAGUUUUGAACAGUUUUGCAUUAACUAUGCAAACGAGAAGCUACAACAACAAUUUACUCAGCAUGUGUUUAAACUGGAGCAAGAGGAGUAUGURAAGGAAGAGAUUGAUUGGUCUUUUAUCAAUUUUUAUGACAAUCAGCCAUGUAUUGACUUAAUUGAAGCCAAYCUUGGGAUUUUGGACCUUCUUGAUGAAGAAUGCAAGAUGCCUGCUGGAUCAGAUGAAAAGUGGGCUCAAAAGUUGUACAAACAACACUUAAAGAAACAAAACAAACACUUUUCCAAGCCAAGGAUGUCAAACGUGGCAUUUAUAGUUCAUCACUUUGCCGACAUGGUUCAGUACGAUACAAAUGGCUUUGUUGAGAAAAAUAGAGAUAACGUCAAUGAAGAACAUUUGCUGCUGCUGAAGGCUAGCGAGUAUGACUUGGUAGCAGAGGUUAUCCAAUGUAUCGGAAUCGAAAUGGUUGGAGAUUUGUUCAUUGACAACGAAGCUCAACACACGCAAAGAAAACGAGCUCAUUCUCGCGCAGGAAAGAACGUGUCAAAGGCGAAGYCGAAGAGYAGUGUGGGCCAAGAGUUUAGCGAAUCUCUUGGGAAACUUAUGGAAACACUCAARAGRACUACGCCACAUUACAUUAGGUGCAUUAAACCUAAUGACCAGAAGGCUCCGUUCCAAUUCAGUCCCAAGAGAAGCAUCCAGCAAUUACGAGCCUGCGGUGUUUUAGAAACUAUUCGUAUCAGUGCAGCGGGUUAUCCGUCCKGAUGGACCUACCCUGAAUURUUUGCAAGGUACAAGAUGUUGUUGGAUUUUAAGAAAAUUAAUCGCAAYAAYCCACGYGAGACAAUUCGAAUGAUAUUAGAAAUCUUUAUUAAGGAUCCAGACAAAUUCCAGCUUGGAAAGACCAAAAUUUUCUUCAGAGCAGGACAGGUCGCAUACUUAGAGAAGCUUCGSUCAGAUAAGCUGUACAAGAGCUGUGUGAUGAUUCAAAAGAACGUGCGCCGAUGGCGAAUGGAACGGUUGUACGUAKGAAUGAAGAAAGCGGCUGUGCUUAUACAGUCUUGGGUUCGAGGCGAUCAGGCGAGGAGACGAGCCCGUGCUCUUCGGCGCAAUAAAUCAGCGAUUACGAUCCAACGCUAUUGGCGCGGUUACCGUUGUCGCAAUGCCUAUGUCUACUUGCGUUUGUGUGUCGUCACCAUCCAGUCUUUUACGAGAGGCAUGUUCGCGAGACGACUGAGGCAACAUCUUUUAUACAAUGCUAAAGCGGGUAUUAUCCAGCGUUGRUGGCGAGGAUACAAGGGAAGACAGCAAUACAGGAAUUAUUUCAAMAAAAUCAUUUACUUGCAGUCCUGCGUACGAAGGAUGUACGCCAAACGAGAGCUUAAAAAACUCAAGAUCGAGGCACGAUCGGUGGAACAUUAUAAGACUCUUACAAGAGGAAUGGAAAACAAAGUUAUAUCGCUUCAGCAACGACUUGAUCAGGAGGUUAAAAAGAAGAAUGAAGCCAUACAUUCUGUACAAGAACUACAGAAUGUUCGCAAAGACCUGGAAGAUGCCAAACAAUGGAAAGUGCGCUGCGAGCAAGCUAACAGCAGGCUGGCAGAGAUGGAACAUGUCAUUAUUGAACUAAAGGAGGAAAUUACCAAAUUGAAACAAGAAAACGACGAAGUAAAGAUUAAAGCGGAUGCAGACUGUAGUGAAAAGGAUAAUGAAAUCAUUUCUCUUCGGGAGCAACUCGGUAACUUGAAUAAUGAACUUGCUGAUGCUAAUGCUAAUAUGGAGCAAGAAGUCAAGUCACGUGAUGCAAUCUUAGAAGAGCGCCUUGAAGACCAAAAAUCGCAGAUUUUGGCGGAAUUUGAAGCCGAGAGGCUCAACCAUCAGCGAGUGCUUAGAGACUAUGCUCGUCUGGAACAAAGAUAUCAGAACAUCGUAGAGGAACUGGAGAUUGUUCAGACAAGCCCGAAGAAGGAAUUUCACGAGACUAGCGGACGUAUCAGUGCUGCUAGUUCAGAAUCCUCUCUUGUUGAAGAUCUCGAGAAGGAGAUACAACAGCGGACUGGCGAAGAGGAAUUGAGCUCUAUUAUUAACAAAAGUAAAUUAGUGAACAGACUUCGUGAAAAAGUKAUGUAUCUCGAAGAACAAAACGUGGACUUAAAAAGCCGUGCRAAGCAAUCCACUGAAAUGAACCAAUCAGAGAAGACUCUGACCAAGGUCCCUUCCAUACAUGUCGACAGCUCCGACACAGGAACCCCAAYCGAAACUCAAGUAGURGACUCCGAACAAUAUAAGAAAUUYCUYAACGAAAAGGACAACUUGAUAGAACAGAAAGAAAAGUCCGACGCCGAAAAGAAAAAGAUGAAAAACGAGCUGGACUUGUUGCGAAAACUUGUUAGUCAAAGGAAUGUGGACAAAGAAGCYGAYUGGGAAAUAAUUGGUGAAAAAAUGAAAGAAAUUACCGCUGAAAGGGAUUUGCUGGAAAGGGAAAAGACUCGACUAAGAGACGAGCUCGUCAAAAUGGCAUCAGUGUCGAGGUCGCUACGRGAAAUCGAAGAACUGAUCUCAACCAAUCCAGAUGAAGGCGCUUACAUGUUACAGGCCGAUUCUUUAAAACGAGCCAACAACGUUCUACAAAUUGAACUCGAGGAAAGCUACAAGAAAGAGAAGGAACUCAAAGAAGCUAACGAAAAGCUUUGGAGAGAGAAAGCGAAAUUGCAAAGAGGUCGAACCACCAGCAUCCAUGCUAUGGAUAGCAGCUUCCAYACAGAAGUAACUCGCCUUGUCACUGAGAAUGUGGAACUCCGUGAACAGGUUGAGCGACUGGAAAAAGAACUUGAAGAUCUAAAGAAAGACAYUGGUGCWUUGCAACCUUUCAGGUCAAGAGCGCAAUCUAUGAAAGAUAUGGAACAGAAACGUCGAGCCCAUUCACUAUGGAGUGGCCAGGAACCACGUGCUGGGAAACUAGUUAUGAGGCACGCUGGAUUACUGCGUAAAUCACCUUCAAAAGACGAGGAUAUGCUGCCGUUGCCYCUUCAAGUCAAAUCGAACAAGGCUCGUGGAAUGAUAGAAUUCUCUCCAGACGAUGAAAACAAAAUUAUCCAAACCUUGAUUCUAGACAUGAAUCCGUCCACAAUGGCGGACGCCAUUCCCGGGUUGCCUGCGCAUAUCUUAUUUAUGUGUAUACGGCACGCUGACCACCUUAAUGAUGAUCGCCUUAUGCAGAGUUUACUUGGCAACAGUAUCAAUAGUAUAAGAAAAGUUAUAAAGAAAAACCCGAGUAAUCUGGAAAUCCUGUCUUUCUGGCUGGCCAACACGCUAAGACUUCUUCACGACAUGAAGCAAUAUAGUGGAGACAGGUGGGAACAACGGGAACCGGCUGGCGAGGGCAUUUCAAACAUGUUUCGUCGACAGUGGACUCAAGUUAAAGAUUAUCUGAAAGAUGCUUUCCAAUCACAUAACACGCCUGAGCAAAACGAACACUGUUUAAAGAACUUUGAUUUAACUGAGUACAGACAAGUUUUGAGUGAUCUUUCUAUUCACAUCUAUCAAGACUUGGUCAAAGCAAUAUSGGARGCAGUGCAAGGAAUGAUCGUUCCUGGAAUCCUCGAGUAUGACUCAAUUCCUGGUAUAUCACAUUCCAAACCAUAUGGUGGUGGACGAUSGCGUCAUCAUCCAGAACUCACCGUAAAAAGUAUUAAUAAAAAGCUGACGCAAGUAUUAGAUAUUCUUAAUGCUCACUGUGUAGAUCCAGAGAUUAUAAAACAAGUCUURAGACAGGUAUUUUACUAUAUUGAUGCAAACUUAAUGAAUAAUCUUCUGUUGCGAAAAGACAUGUGUCACUGGUCRCGAGGAAUGCAAAUAAGAUUCAACGUGAGUCAGCUAGAGGACUGGGUACGCCUCAAUCAGCUCGACGGCAGUGGGAUAGUUGAAGCGCUUGAUUCUAUUACACAGGCAGCCCAACUCCUUCAGGUUAGCAAGAAAACGCUGGAAGACGUCGAUGCAAUAUGCGAAGUCUGUGAUUCGCURAAUAGUAUCCAAGUACAAAAGAUCCUCUCUAUGUACACACCAGCCAACGAGUACGAAGCGCGCGUUCCUUCGWKUGUCAUCAAAGCUGUUCUUGAAAGGGGACACAACAAAACCGAACCUAUGUACUUAAUGAUGGACACUUCGUAUAUGUUUCCCGUCACGUUGCCUUUUACCCCAUCAGCAGUUUCUCUAGAAACUAUCCACAUACCAGAUAACUGUGGGCURGAGUUCUUACAGGUUCGCUAGAUAGGAAUAUAAGUCUUUCAAGCAUCCUUCACAGAKUGCAACAGCAAUYGGGAUUCCUGUGGUGAUGUACGAACGAGGAAAACMGGGACAAGAUAUCUCUUUUGUUGUUUUCCCUCCGUCGCAUAUUAUAAUAGAAUAUUAAUAUUAGUGUU